AUGUCCAAUCACAGACAAGAACAGGUGAUUGGCACUACUUACAGCCAAUUACUGAUCGUUUUGGGAUUUAAUUUUGAUUGACACCGACUUGGACCAAUCAUCGUACAGGUUUGACUGUCCGAGAGUAGGCGUGAUUUCCUUGUUAACUUAGCAUUGCGGCCUCCGCUGAAGGACACCUGUCUCAUUCUGUUUCCGUAGGGGUCGUGUGCUAAAGGUAAGGCUAACUCUUAAGUCAUUUAAAAACGACUUAAGUGUUUUUGAGACAUGUCGAAACACAGUAGUGUUAUAUUUCAAGGGUUUCUGUAUGUAGUUUCUUUGGAGCAAACGCUGUGUGGUUAAUCUAGCAUGCUGCUGCGAGAUGUGUUAGCAGAGAAGCUAAAGAGAGUCUGAACGGAUCAAAGUCAGUCUGCAGGAAAAGUCCAGUUUAUGCAUUGUUCCACCUCAGUUUAGGGACAUUUUAGUUAGACUGAGUUUAAAUACUGAUUCACAUUAAACUUGAAUAUUGCACAAAAACUUGUUUCAUUGAAAUAAUACUGAUGGCAUUUUAACCAACAUCGUACUGAAUGUCCUUUACAGUUUUACAAUAACGGCGAUCAUCUCAAACGCUGGUUAAAAUUGCAUUAAAAUCUCAUGCUUGUUAUACUUAAUAGUGACAUUUCUAAAAAUGAAAAGACAUUAUGUACAUUAAACAUCCUUAAGUGAUGCUGGUGCAUGUCUGACACCUCUGCGGGUUUCUUUAGUUUUAUCUAUAUUGUGACUGCUUUUCUUUGUCACAUUAGUAUGAUUUUUCUUUUUAAUGUGUAAGGUAUUUUAAAGAGAGAGUGAGAUUUUGUGAGUCGACAUCUUGAUUUGCUCAGGCCAACAGUCCUGAAAACAGAGAGAGUUUCUAAUUAACCUACACUCUUAAUUUUGUCAAGUUAAAGAUUUCAAAGUGUGAAACUCUUGUUGACUACUGUUUUUGCACUUUAUCAUUUAAAUGCAUCAGCUUCAGAUUUUUGAGUCACCAGUUGUUCCCAAGGUCACUGUGAGUAUGCUUUAACUCUGUCACCCUUCUUCUGCUCAUAUUAGGACCAUUCUCAAGCCAUCAUGGGUGGACACGAUGCAGGGUCUCAGCACCAGUUCACUGGGAUCGCCAAGUACUUCAACGCUUACACAAUCACCGGAAGGAGGAAUGUGAGUUGUUUGUAACUAAUAACUUUACACAUUACCUGCAUUCACAUAACUGUAAAUGUUAAACUGUCUAACCAACUUGAAUUUCUUGUUUUCCUUAUUUAGUGUGUCUUGCUUACGUACGCCAGCAUAGCAACCAUUGCUCUUUUCUUCAAAUUGAAACCCAAGAAACAGGCGGCUGUCACAGAAAAGUGAUCAUGUAAGUGCGUUUUGAUACCAACAUCCUGUUACUUUCAGAAUUCAGUGUGCGAGUUAAGUGUCACCUCCUUUUCAUUAACUCGAGGCCCUUUCUUGUCUCCUUACAGGUGUCAGUUUUGGCCAUGUCUAAUAGCUGGUAGUGGUGAAAGCGACUGGAUAUGCUUGUGA